GACCGGAAUAUAUAAAAAGCCGGGAAUGUAUGUGUAGUAAAACAAAGUAAUAGAAGACAGAUUCGAAAUGUUGUUAGCUUUAUGGCUCUUGUGGUGCGUUGGAUACGUUUCGUGUAAAACUAUCAAAUUUGAUUCUUGCGGAGGCAACGUUACCGCAGUCAGGGUAACUCCUUGUGAAGAAGAACCUUGCAAAGCAAUCAAAGGAAAAUCUAUCCACAUAGAAGCAGAUUUUAUAUCAAAACAAAACUCAGACUGGCUGCAAUUAUGGGUUGGUGCCGAAUUAUCAGGUAUAAGUCUUCCUUUGCCUGGUUUGAAUCGGGAUGCCUGUAAAGGCAGGAACAUCACGUGCCCUGUAUCUGAAGGUGACAAACAAACGUUUGUAUUCGAUCUUGAUAUACUCCCGUUUUUUCCAUCUCUAAAAACGAUGACAGUUUUCGAAAUUACGGGCGAAGGAGAUAAAUUACUUUGCUUCAAGGCUCCAGUGCAAAUAGUUAAAAGCCAGAAAUGAAAUUCUACGAUCGUCUCGAUAGAUAUUAAUUUUUUAUUGUGACCCACUUGUUAUGAUUUUAUGUAAUACAACUUAUACAAAAAUCGAUAAAA